GUGGCAUGAGAGCUAUAAGCAAGGCCCGGGUCUACGCUGACGUCAAUGUAAAUCGUCCCCGUGAAUAUUGGGACUAUGAAUCAUAUACUGUUGAUUGGAAAGAUCCGGAUAAUUACCAAAUUGUGAAGAAGCUGGGUAGGGGGAAAUACAGUGAAGUAUUUGAAGGCAUUAAUGUAACUAACAGUGAGAGAUGUGUGAUCAAAGUUCUCAAGCCCGUUAAAAAAAAGAAGAUUAAGCGAGAAAUAAAAAUUUUGGAGAAUCUUCGUGGAGUGACAAAUGUGAUAACUCUAUUAGCCGUAACAAAAGACCCCAUGUCCAGGACCCCUGCACUUAUUUUUGAACAUGUUGAUAAUAAAGACUUCAAGGAUCUAUACGCUAAAUUCACUGAUCACGAUAUACGUUAUUACAUGUAUGAACUUCUCAAGGCCCUCGACGCUUGUCAUAGUAUGGGCAUAAUGCAUAGGGAUGUAAAGCCUCAUAAUGUUAUGAUUGAUCACAACCAAAGAAAGUUGCGACUCAUUGAUUGGGGCCUUGCCGAAUUCUAUCACCCUGGAAUGGAGUAUAAUGUACGCGUAGCUUCUCGCUAUUUCAAAGGCCCUGAGCUCCUCGUUGAUUAUCAGAUGUACGAUUAUUCAUUGGAUAUGUGGUCUCUUGGCUGCAUGUUUGCGAGUAUGAUAUUUAAAAAAGAGCCGUUCUUUCAUGGUCACGAUAACUACGACCAACUUGUCCGAAUAGCUCGUAUUCUCGGAACAAAAGAUUUAUUUGAUUACAUCGAAAGAUAUGGUAUCACUUUGGACUCCCGAUUCAGUGAUAUUCUUGGUAGACAUGUCAGACGGCGUUGGGAACGCUUUAUUACCCCAGAAAAUGAUAAUUUAGUCAGCCCUCAAGCUAUCGACUUUGUUGAUAAGCUCUUAUGCUAUGACCAUCAGGAAAGACUUACUGCGAGAGAAGCUAUGGAGCAUCCUUAUUUCAAGCCUAUAGUAAAUGAGCACAACAGACGCAAUCCCUUGCAUGCAAUUCCUGAUAAGACGGAAGCUAAAGCUUCUGCUCCAGUAAGCUCUCCUACCACUGAAGAGUUGCCUCAAUCCUGA